GAACAUGUUGCAGCUGUCAGUGGCCCUGCUGCUUUUUCUGGCUCUUUUUGCCAGCCUAGAGACAGCACCUUCUCCAUCACCCAAGCAAGAAAAACUGGUGCGAGUGUACGAAAUCAAUGAGGCGCAGUACGAGCGGGUCUUGCAUCUGACCGAGGGCAAGAAUGUCAUAUCGGAAGCUAGGCUGAUCAACGGAGGCUUUGCCACCGUAAGCGAUACCCUAAGUUCCGGCUGGAACUCUCUUCUUCGGAUCGUGGGCCUCACCACACUUAGCAGGAACGAAGAGGCCGAGAAGGUGGAAUUUGACGGUCAACCUUUGUGUGUGAUCAAAACACGAGAGGGCGAAGGCAGGGAUGAGGAGGUGACCUCCGAGGAUAUGACCUCCGCUCGCAGCUCGGAAAAAGCCAUUGAGGUCGACGAGGAAGACUCCGACAUUCACUGCAUAGUGGUGCUGAAGAAAGACAGCGAGUUCGAGCUGCCCAGCCAGGAUCCUCACCCCAAUUACGCCCAAUAUUGGAGCAAACCUCAGAUUCCUGAACCUGAGGAGGCAUCCGCUGUGCAGAAUCAGUCUGAAGAGGUGGUGGAGACAGAAGAGUCGGUCGAGGCCACCACACCUGCCCCUUUAAAGAAGAAGAAGGUGAACAAGAGCACCUACCCGAAAGCAGCCAGUUUGAAGAAUGACUCCGUUGGUUCCCGCCAAUAUCAGGGCGGUUACUCACCAGUGCCACCCCAAUAUGGACCUUCUUAUCCACCACCCCCUUAUGGUGGCAAUCCCUACAGUUCCUAUCCCAUUCCUCAGCUUUAUCCGAACCCGCAGCAGUAUGUUCCUCAAGUUCCCUAUAUACCACCCCAAUAUGGACAGUCGCCUUAUGGACAACCGCCUUUUGGACAGCCGCCUUAUGGACAGCCGCCUUAUGGACCCUACCCACAACAACAAUAUGGUCCUCAACCUCCCAUUGGCCCCUACAAUCCUCAGCAGAACUAUGGACCUUAUGGAUUUCCCAACUGGGAUCUGAUCCAAACGGGUCAAGCAACUGCCAUCAAGGAUGUGGAGAAAGCUCAGGCUGAUGAUGACCAGGAGGAAGACGAGGACUCCUACGAAUCAGAAGAUGAAUAUGACUAUCGCUAUAAGAAACGUUUGUACUCGUACAAACCUGUGUACCCUAACGAACCCUAUUACUAUUAA